GAAAUUGUCACAUGUAGCAGACGAUAUUUUAUUUGUUUGUUAAUUUUUGCCGCAGUCAUUUUUCCUGUCAAAAAUGUUUAUUAAUAAAUAAAUAUUAAAUUUAAAUUAGUCAUUUAUAUAUUUAUAAAAGCUUUUGUCUUUUUCAAUGUUUCUUUCGAUAGAGUAAUUUUCCUUAAAAAAAAAGAAAAAAAAAAAAAAAACUUCAAACUAUUUUUAUAUUUUGUAAUUAUGAGGAAUUUACGAGUUUUUCGAACAUUUUUCCAAGGGAAUAAAAUUUUUAGCAGAGGUUUAAAAACAAAUGCAAAAGAAAAUCAUGUCGGCGAUGAAAUUCCAAAUUUAGAAACUGACGAUAAAUCAACUCAUUUUGGUUUUGAAACUGUUACGGCCAAGGAAAAAACCAAAAAAGUUCACUCGGUAUUUGAAAAUGUUGCCAAUUCCUAUGACAAUAUGAACGAUGUAAUGAGUUUGGGAAUUCAUCGAAUUUGGAAGGAUCUUUUUAUUCAAGAAUUAGCCCCAACACAUGGAUGUCGUCUUUUGGAUUCCGCCGGUGGAACCGGUGACAUUACAUUUCGUUAUCUCAAGUAUCUAAAAAAUAUUAAAAAUCCAUCGAAUAUCCAAAGUCACGUGACUGUUUGCGAUAUUAAUUCAAAUAUGUUGGAAGUGGGUAAAAUUCGUGCCGAAAGACAAGGAUUGACAAUUGAAAAUGGAUUUAAUAUUCAAUGGCAAGAAGCGAAUGCUGAAAAACUUCCAUUUGAUGACGAUUCUUUUUCCGCUUAUACAAUUGCAUUUGGAGUAAGAAAUGUCACACACAUUGACAAGGUUUUAGAAGAAGCUUAUCGUGUUCUUCAACCUGGAGGUCGAUUUUUGUGCCUUGAAUUUAGUCACGUGAACAAUAAUAUGAUAAAAUGGGUUUACGAUCAAUAUUCUUUUCAAGUAAUUCCCGCAAUGGGAGUUUUAAUUGCUAAUCAAUGGCAACCUUAUCAAUAUUUAGUCGAAAGCAUUAGAAAAUUUCCAAAUCAAGAAGAUUUUAAGGAAAUGAUAUCAAAUGCUGGAUUUAGACAUGUUACCUACAAAAAUUGGACAUUCGGAAUUGUCGCUGUUCAUUCUGGAUUUAAAAUUUAAAAAUUUGUAAAUAGUAUUAAAUUUUCUCAAUUUUUUAUAAUUAAUAAUUAAUAAAAUGUUAUAUCGUUAAAAUUAUAUAAA